AUGCUCAGUCUUUCUCAUUCUGGGAGUCGAGCAAUCGAUAAGCUGGUCUGCGCUCGUGAAGAUAUGAUAAGGUGAGCUGAGACGGGCGCUAUCUGCGACAUCCUGUUUGUUAUUGCUAUAUUUCCGUUGUGGUUUGCUGUUGGCUAUCUUUUCAGUAGCAAGGUUUCAUCCUUUUUAUUUUUUCUGCAUUCACAUCGGUCGAUUCCGAUUGUCCUUUGUUCUUGCAUGCACGCUUCUGAACAGACCACCACAUGUUCGCGUCAUUCGCGAGACUGCUGGUAAAGUCACUUCGAGUAACCUUGUUAGCCUCAGCGAGGACAUAUUGGGGUUAUUCAACCUGUCAACUGACAUUGCCCUCGACCUUGGUUGCAAGGCUGCAAACGCAUUUUGAAUAUGGAACUCCCGUCUGUGAUACACGCAUUUACUAUUUGAAUAGGAUAUAAGUCUAAGAAGCGGACGAAGUCAGCCUCAACCUUUUACCCACCAUUUUAAAUUAGCCAGAGCCACAAAUUCCAUAAUCCACGCACUCAAGCGGCAUUUACAGAUUUACGCGCAGACCAUUUUUCUGUAGUCAUCGAUGCAAUGGUAAUGCUACAUCCAUGUAUGCAGACUUCGAUUGAAGCAAGAUCGUAACCUACUCGCAGGGAUCCAGAGGCCAAUUAUCAGAUUAAUCAGAGAAUAAAGAUCAUUGUCAUAUGCUGCCCACCAGAUUAUCCUAAAUCUGUUUACUCUAAGACGUGAGAAAUUACGUGGGGACUCAAUCCCAAGCUUUAAGAUCAUACGUAUGUUUGAUUGCGCCCUUCUGUGCGAUGAAUUUUUCGGCUUGUCAAUAGAACUAAGGCGUUAGGAAUGGCGCGUACGGAGUUAUGUAGACUGCUUCGGGGUGACGAUGGGAUACACGGUCGCACUUGGUCUUAACCCCCCUUUGCAUUACUACUGAUAUCAUUUUCGGGAGGCGUUGGAGCUGGCGUGAAAAUUUUCGUUGUGGUAAUGGGAAGCUGCACUUUCGGAUUAGUGUUCCAGGAAAAGGCUUCAGGGUUAAGCUUAGGGAUGGAUGGGGUCCCGUGUUUCUUGUCAGGGUUAGACUUAGCGUUAGGGUUAGAGGUUUGAAUUAGAGUUAGGCCCAGUGUUUUUUUGUCACUGUUAGGAGUAAACGUUUCGGGUGAGGAAUUAUGUUCAUAGUUAAGGUUAGUGUGCCGGUAUUAUUUGCUUUUCUUCUUGUCUUAUUGCACUUGUCGUGCCUUUUGAAUUUUUGCUACAUCAUUCUUUUCAGGAAAUUUACCGUUUGAGCUCUUUGUAUUUCAACAUUCAGGGCUUUCUCUUCGGUGCUAAAAUUGCCAGGACUGAAUGAUGCGGCUCAUCGACACCCUCCCUCAACUUCCGCCAAUGUACAUCCGGGCGUGCAAAAUGUUAUUUUUGCCAAAUUCCUAGGGAAUGCGACGCUAUCUCGUCGAGGCGGCGAGGUGCAUGCCUGA